GGAAAAAAAAGAAAGAGGAGAGGUCAGCCCCGCCCCCCUCGCCCUCUUAUUAUAGAAAAAAAAAUCAGAAAAUAAUAAUAAUAAAAACUCCACCAAAAAAAUAAAGGAGGUUUAUGUAAACUAAAAUAUCCUGCAGUCUAGAAUCCUAUAUUCUGCUGGCUUUUGGCUACUUCCUCUCAUAUCUAUCUCCAUCCAAGAAAGGAGAAAAAAGAUAUAUGGCCUUUUCGAUGAGGAAUUUGGGGAUUUAUUGAUGGAUUUUGUCAGCGUUUUGUUCCGGUUUGUGUGAGGGAUCUGGUUUUUUGUUCGUUUUUGGUCGAGUUCAGAUUGAAUGGGACGGUGAUGUAUUAGGAAUUUAGGAUUGGGAUUUGGGAAGAUUGGAUGGGAGGAAUGGAACCGCGUUAAAAGAUUUCAGAUCCGGGGAGGAGGGGAGGAGGAAAGGAUCGGAGGGAUCGAUCGGGGGCGAGGGCGAUGGAUGCGGAAGAUUUGAGAAGGGUGAUGAGGAGCACGGGCGUGGAUCUCUGGGCUCUAAUCGAGGCCGCGAUCGAUGUAGCUGCCACGGAUCAUGGCAAGGAGCUGCGGGCGCGGCGGGACGGGAUCGUGGAGCGGCUCUACGCGACGCGGCCGAGGGCGGCGGAUCGCUGCGGGAACUGCGCUCCCGCCGCCGGCAAUGGCGGCGGGGCGGCGGGGCGGGAGGCGGCAAGCCAGGCGAGAGGGGGAGUGGAGGGGAAGGGGAGCAUGAGCCCAGCGGCCAGGAAGCGGGCGGAGACGGCGUCGCCGCCGUCGAUGAACGGCGAGGAGACAGAAGGACAGGACUAUGCGAGGGAUGAUCGCCGUCCGAUCGACGAGCAGACCAAGAUCUUGGCCAUUAAAGAGUUUCUGGAUGACCCCGAUCAGUCGGAUGAUUCUCUGGUAAGCCUGCUGCAAAAUCUUGCAGACAUGGAGAUUACUUUCCAGGCUCUCAAGGAAACGGAUAUAGGAAGGAUUGUGAACGGCUUCCGUAAGCAUCCCUCGUUCGAAGUACGGCAAUUGGUUAAGCAACUCGUCAGGAGGUGGAAAGAUCUCGUGGACGAGUGGGUGAAAUCGAAUUCCGCCGGCGACGCUGCAUAUAUCACUGAUGGAGACUCGCCGCUGCAAAUCCCUGUAAAAAAUAACAAUCAAAACGGGCACCAGCAGGCUUCCGAAUUCGGUUUCUCAACAAAUCCUCACAAUGGUUACGCGAGCUCUGAGAGAAAUGGCGGGGAAUUAAUGGAGCCAAAGGCGAAGCCCGCCCCGCGGAAGGAAGCUGCAGCGAAGCCAAACCACUCCUCCCCGCCUUCUGCGCCCUCUCCAGCUGUAAGGAAAUCAGUUUAUUAUCAAACCAUUUUAAAUGGAAAUUAUUUAAAUUUCUCUAAUUAUUAUUUUGUAAUUCGCGUAAGGCCAAGGAGGACAGCCUGCUCGAUCCCGAGAGACUCGCUUCCGCGAGGAGACGCCUCCAUGAGAACUACCAGGAAGCUCAGAACGCGAAAAAGCAACGGACCAUUCAGGUGAUGGAUAUCCAUGAGAUACCGAAACCGAAAAAUUCCUUCACGCGGAAUAAAGGCGGCUUCCAGGCGAAGCACUGGUGAAGUCCGGUGACCGGCGGGUGCCUGUAAUACCUUUAAUUAUGAUGCUUUGCUGAUGGAUUUUUUUUUGGGAUUUUAGUUCUCGUUUUCUAAUUAACUGGAGAUUUUGGAGAAGGAUGAGAAGAAAGGGUAUUUAUUAGGAAUUAAAGGAAUUUUUUGAUUGGCUGGUGGGGAUGCAACGCGGGCGAUGGAGAGUGUCCACGUGUCCUUUCCUUUUUGACGUCUUUUGUAGUGGCCCGGGGGUGGGGGGCAAUCCGCGGAUGACUCGGGGAGUGGAGCCGGAGAAUUUGGUGGUUCUUUUUUUGGGGGUAAAAAAGGUGAAAAAACCAGAGGCUUUUAAUUUGGGGAAAGAGGGACUCCAAAGGAUAGGAAGAAAGAAGAUGUGUCGUGUAUCGAAAAAAGAAAGGAAAAAAAGAAGAAGAAGAAGUUGGACCAGACCGCCCUUUGAAAGUUGGAUAACUGUUCGACACUUGUACGCAAAAAAAAAAAAGAAGAAAAAUGGAUAACUGGAUCUUUUGGCGUGGAGUGUCAGAUCAUGACAACCAUAGGACAAUCACAGUGACAUCUGGCUCACAAAGUGGUUUUAACCAUAAGAUUUAUGUAGAGAUAAGUAGUAGCAUAGACAGCUAAAUUGAAGCCAAAGGGAAGACAUUUUUAGGUAUGAAAAAAUUGGUGGGCAAUGGUAUCAUUCACCUCAAGUGUGAGAUAGUGAUAUAUUGGUGGCUCAUGCAUCCCUUUUUCAAGCUUUGCCUGCACAAAACAAGGCAGUCCAAUAAAUUACUAGAGGGUUGUGCCUUGCACUUGAGGCUUAUGUGAAGCCAUGACAUGUAAAUUGCGCUGGUUCUUGAUGCAGAAAAAUGCUGGAGAUAUAUUGAUGUUUGCAGUUUUUUUUUCUUC